AUGUCAGAUGAGCUCAAACAACUCAAGAUGACUCGUGGCGGUCCUCAAAGUGAACCAGGUCAACAAUUAUUGGGACAAUCAAAGCAAAAAAAUCUGUCUGUACCGCUGUCCCUAUCCCAAGACCAUCUGCACCUCCUAGAAUGGCAACUAGAGCCCAAACCCAAAGAGCUGAAGCAACAGCUACAAAUGUUCGACGUGAAAACUUUCAUCGAGCGCAAUCCAAACCUGUUUCCUCCACUGGCCAUGCAGUCACUCCAAAGAAACCCGACAAUUUUCUUGAUACCAAGGAAUGUCUAUUCACUCACAUUUGACUACUGUGGGGGAUGGUUGAAGCAGUUUUGCUCCAGUUUCAAGGACAUCAAUGACUUUGAAAUACGUAUCAACAAUUCAAAUGCGGCUGCACUUAUAGCUCAAGCUGAUGUGCAGACCCUGAAAGAUGCUUGUGCUGGGAACAUUUGGGUUGGCUGGAACUUCAUCCACAUUGGCGAGAUGCACCUGUUGUACAUACAUGGAUAUCUUGCAAAAUUGGGAAUACAAUGCUGGGGACCUGACCUUGAAGAAGGUCCUGAAAGCCUUUUCAACUCAGCUUGCCGGAUUGCAGCUCUUAAAACCUUCCAACAAGUGGCUGGCGCAGGUUCCUACGACUUCAUGAAUUUCAACCAUGACUAUAAGGACAACAUGGUCCGAUUCAUCGACGCUUACAAUCACUAUGUACAUCACGUCUCUUCAAAAAAGUUCCAAGCCAAAAUCAAACAGCCUGGAAAAUACAAAGAAACUUUAUGUGAUGCCCGCUACAAGUUUGCUGUGGCCAAUUACUUCCCCGAACAAUAUCAGAAGAUCAUCAAGGAAAUCACUGCCAAUAGUGAUGAUGAGUGGGAUCCAAAUGCCAAGUGUUUCUCUAUACGGUGUGUUGAGACCAAUCAAGGUCAUAUAUAA